AUCGUGACAGUCGCACAGUGCCAUCGGUGAAAGUAUAAUCGUGUUGCGACGAGAAUUACAUUACGAGUUGAUCUUUCCUACAUUGUUUCGAUAAUUGACAAUCAUCGUUACGAUCUUGUUACGAAGGCAUCUUUUGCUGAAGUUCCUUCUUGGUAGUACACAAUGUCGAAAUUACCACGUAUUACUAGGUCCUUACGCAUGUUUACUUCUCUUGAACGUAGAGGAGAAGCAGUAGAUUUUGAACCAAAUGAUUUAAUAAGAAAAAGGCAAGAAAGACAAGAACGAGCAAAAGAAGUAAAAAGCACUCUUGAUUGGCAUGAUAUAUACAGAAGUGCAUCUAAAGAUUUUAUGAUACAUUUAUCAGCAUUGAAAGAUAUUGUGCAACAAAUUUUAGUUGAUGCUCCUCCAGAUGCCAUAAAUGAAUUCAUAGUUUAUGCAUUACGUUUAUUAAUCGAAGAGAACACCUUAACGCGAGAGAAAUAUAAUAUGCUUGGGCAAAAAGUUGGAUGUCUAACAUUUCAUUCCGCAAAUAAUAUGAUGCAAAUAGUCAAAAAAAUUCAGGAAGAAUGUUAUGAAGAAGCUGUAACAUUGUUAUCAGAAUCUAAAGAAAAUAUGGAUGAUUCCAAUAUGCGUGUUUUUGGUAGAAAUAUUCCCUAUAAUCAAGCAAGAGUUGUGUGGCCUAACACCAGUGGACUUCACAAUAUGUCUACACAAGGGAUAAAUUCAAGUACUGAUAAAUUUACAAUGAUGAUACAUGACACAGCAUCUUCAGUACAGAAAAAAUCUGUAUUUGACAAAGCAACAUUUAUAAAAGAAUUAAAAAAUUGUUGUAAAGUUGUUGCAAUGUCAUAUCAGGAUUUUGAAACGGUCAUAGUGGAUAAGCUGAGGAAUGUACAAACCGAAAAUAUACAAACCGAAUUAUUCGAUAUGUUAGGUUUUGAACAUUUAGAAUUUAUUGAAUAUAUUAUCGAACAUCAGAAGACUAUUGUAUCGACAUAUUCAUGUUCAAAAGUGCCCAAGAGACAGCAAACAACUGUAAAUGGACCUAUAAUUAGUGGUCAAGUCACUGUACAAUCCGAACUAGAAAAAAAGUUAUGUAAACAAGUACGUAAAGAAGAGAAAAAAUUAACCAAAAUGGCGAACAAACGAGAUGUCAAGUCGGAAAUUGAAGAAACUGAAAUUAUUCCAACCGAACUCCGACUCAAGAGACAAGAGGCAUUGAUAGCUAGGAAUGCACCAAUAUUUCCUAAAAAAAAUACAUUGAAAAGAGGUACACAGGAAAAAUAUCCAUUUGUAUUUGAUUCUAAAGCUAACGCCAAUGCGAGUUUUGUGUCAGGGCAAAAGUUAAUUCUAGCAGAAGAUGUUGAGAGAAAGAAUAAUGAUCUCUGUGAGGAAGUGUAUAUACCGGCACCAAAAAAAGAACAUAUUGAUGUUAACGUAGAUACUGUAUUAAUAUCUUCCCUGGACGAAGUUGGUCAAAUGGCUUUUAAUGGCAUAACGUCAUUAAAUAAAAUUCAGAGUAUAGUCUUUAAUGCGGCGUACAAUUCCAACGAAAAUCUAUUGAUUUGCGCACCGACCGGAGCUGGAAAGACAAAUGUAGCAAUGUUGACUAUAGUACAUCAAUUAAAACAGAACAUUCAAGAUGGACAAUUGCAGAAGAGUCAGUUCAAAAUAAUUUAUAUCGCACCUAUGAAAGCCUUGGCAGCGGAGAUGACAGCCAAUUUUAAUAAAAGACUCAGUCCUAUGGGCGUAUGCGUUCGUGAGUUAACUGGCGAUAUGCAGCUGACAAAACAGGAAAUUCAACAAACUCAAAUGAUAGUUACCACACCGGAAAAAUGGGAUGUUGUCACGAGAAAAGGUACAGGCGAUAUUUCUCUCACUAGUAUUGUGAAAUUGUUAAUCAUUGAUGAAGUUCACUUGUUGCACGGUGAUCGAGGACCCGUAGUGGAAGCGUUAGUCGCGAGAACUCUGCGUCAGGUGGAAUCAUCACAGAGUAUGAUUAGGAUAGUCGGCCUCUCCGCCACAUUACCAAAUUAUGUGGAUGUUGCACAAUUUCUUCGUGUCAAUCCUAAUAAGGGUUUAUUCUACUUUGAUCAUCGCUUCCGACCAGUGCCCCUUAGUCAAACUUUUAUCGGCGUGAAAGCUACCAAACUGCUACAACAAAUGAGCGAUAUAGACCUCAUGUGUUAUAAUAACGUUAUAGAAAUGGUGCGUCAGGGCCAUCAAGUUAUGAUAUUCGUGCAUGCACGAAAUGCCACUGUAAGGAUGGCAAAUGUCCUAAAAGAAGUGGCAUUAAAGAACGAUACGCUUAAAUAUUUUCUAUCAGAUGGGCAAGCGAAACACAUGAACAAUGCCUUUGCCAAAUCGCCUAACAAAUUUCUCAGUGAAUUGUUCAAUAGUGGGAUAUCGAUACACCACGCCGGUUUGCUGCGUUCAGAUAGAAAUCUGGUUGAAAAAUAUUUCGCUGAUGGCCUGAUUAAGGUCCUGGUGUGCACCGCCACAUUGGCGUGGGGUGUGAAUCUGCCUGCUCACGCAGUUAUCAUAAGAGGAACUGAGAUCUAUGAUUCAAAACACGGUUCGUUCGUAGAUCUGGGGAUACUGGAUGUCUUACAAAUCUUCGGCCGCGCUGGUAGGCCACAAUUUGACACAUCGGGUCAUGCGGUUAUUAUCACAUCGCACAAUAAAUUAUCUCAUUAUCUGUCACUGUUGACGAAUCAAAUACCGAUCGAAAGCAGUUUUAUCACGUAUCUGGCCGAUAAUUUGAACGCUGAAAUAGCAUUAGGCACCAUAUCAAAUGUGCAGGAAGCGAUCGAAUGGUUGAGCUACACUUAUUUAUUCGUACGAAUGAGAAUAAACUUUCAAUCAUACGGCAUGGUUUACCAAGAUAUCGCGAACGAUCCCCAGCUUCAGAAGAAACGAAAAGAGCUCGUGGAUUUCGCCGCAAAGAGGUUGGACAAAGCACAGAUGAUUAGAUACAAUAUACCUACCGGGGAUCUUAGUACGACUGAUUUAGGACGUAUCGCGAGCCAUUAUUAUCUCAAAUAUGAUACGAUCGAAAUCUUUAACGAACUUCAGAAAUCUAUCAUGACCGAAGCCGAAAUUUUGGCUAUGAUCACGCACGCCCAGGAAUUCAAUCAACUCAAGGUGCGAGAUGAUGAAAUAAAGGAAUUGGAUGAGCUGAUGGAGCAAUGUGAGAUGGUGGCAAAAGGCGGCGUGGAAAAUGUCCACGGGAAAGUCAAUAUAUUAUUACAGACAUAUCUGUCCAAGAUUCGUGUGAACACAGCAUCAUUGAUAUCCGAUAUGGCAUAUGUCACGCAAAAUACUGUGAGGAUAACCAGGGCAUUAUUUGAAAUUAUGCUUAGACGGAACAACUCGAUAAUGGCGGGACGACUGCUGGAGAUGGCAAAAAUGUUCGAAGCCCAACAAUGGAAUUUCUUGACGCCGUUGCGCCAAUUCGAUUGCUUGCCUAUGGAGGUCAUUAACAAAAUCGAGCAGCGGGAUCUCGGGAUCUAUCGAUUGCAAGAAAUGGACGUGAAAGAAAUUGGCAGUAUUUUGCGAGAUCAACGAGCAGCGAUACUAGUGAAAAAAUGCUGCGACGAACUGCCUGUAUUAGAUAUGGAAUAUAGCUUACAGCCUAUUACGCGUACCGUCUUAAGAAUACGUCUCACGCUGAAUCCGCAGUUUCGUUGGAACGACAAGAUUCAUGGAAAAAGUUCGCAGGCCUUUUGGAUUUGGAUCGAGGAUCCAGAUAAUAACUUUAUUUAUCAUCAUGAGUACUUUAUAUUGACGAAAAAAAUGGUUUAUCAGCAAAUCGAACAGGAACUUGUGAUCACUAUACCGUUACUCGAGCCACUGCCGACUCAAUAUCUCGUAAAAGCCACAAGCGAUCAUUGGCUUAAUUGUGAAAAUACAAUUCCAUUAUCCUUUCAUGAUCUUAUCUUGCCGGAGACUCACCCGCCGCACACAAAUCUAUUGGAAUUGCAACCGUUAUCGAUAACCGCUUUGAAGGAUCCAUUCUUCGAAAAUUUGUACAACUUUUCUCACUUCAAUCCCAUACAGACACAGAUUUUUCAUUGCCUAUAUCACACCGACAACAACGUUUUACUCGGUGCACCGACAGGUUCGGGGAAAACAAUCGCAGCGGAGAUUGCCAUGUUUCGUGUCUUCAAACAAUAUCCUGAUCAGAAAGUCGUUUACAUAGCGCCCUUGAAAGCUCUGGUUAGGGAACGUAUAAACGAUUGGAAGAUACGGCUGGAGGAAGGUCUAGGCAAGAAAGUGGUGGAAUUGACCGGAGACGUAUCGCCCGACGUUAAAAUUAUAGCCGGUGCAAAUGUGAUUGUCACGACGCCAGAAAAAUGGGAUGGUAUCAGUCGAAGUUGGCAGACACGAAGCUACGUAAAAAAAGUGGCGCUCAUAGUGAUUGACGAAAUACAUUUACUGGGCGAAGAUCGCGGACCGGUGCUCGAAGUGAUCAUUUCUCGAACCAACUUUAUAUCGUCGCACACGCACAAAAAGGUUCGAAUUGUCGGACUCUCAACUGCAUUGGCCAACGCAAUAGAUCUAGCCAAUUGGCUGGGCAUCGAUGAAAUGGGCCUCUAUAAUUUCCGGCCAUCUGUGAGACCCGUGCCGCUAGAAGUUCAUAUUAACGGAUUUCCUGGCAAACAUUAUUGCCCACGAAUGGCGACCAUGAAUAGACCGACUUUCCAGGCGAUCAGGCAACAUGCGCCUACUAGUCCCUCCCUCGUAUUCGUAUCUUCUCGUAGACAGACGCGUUUGACUGCUCUGGAUCUAAUCGCCUAUCUCGCAGCAGAGGAUAAUCCCAAGCAAUGGUUACACAUGCCGGAAGAACAGAUGAGCGAUAUUCUGGAAAAUAUAAAAGACUCAAAUCUAAAAUUGAUGCUCGCCUUCGGAAUUGGUCUUCAUCAUGCUGGUCUCCAAGACAGGGACAGAAGAACUGUAGAAGAAUUAUUUGUCAACAAUAAAAUACAGGUAUUAAUCACUACGGCAACUUUGGCUUGGGGCGUUAAUUUUCCUGCGCAUCUAGUAGUGAUAAAAGGUACAGAAUAUUAUGAUGGUAAAUUGAAACGUUACGUGGACAUGCCAAUAACAGAUGUUCUACAAAUGAUGGGACGCGCUGGCAGACCGCAAUUCGAUAACUCUGGCGUAGCAGUUGUUCUUGUGCAUGAUAUAAAAAAGAGUUUCUACAAAAAAUUCCUGUACGAACCAUUCCCCGUGGAAUCUAGUCUAAUGGGAGUAUUGCCCGACCAUAUUAAUGCCGAAAUCGUUGCUGGCACUAUCAAAACGAAACAAGAAUUUCUCGAUUAUUUAACAUGGACAUAUUAUUUCCGAAGAUUGAUGAAGAAUCCGAAAUAUUACAAUCUGGAUUUUUUGGAGCCCGAUCACAUCAAUGGAUAUCUUUCAACAUUAGUGGAGACGACCGUAAAGUCAUUAACCGAUUCAAAUUGUAUUGCUUAUGAUGAAGACGAGCAGGCUCUAAUUUCACUGCCAAUGGGAAAGAUAGCGUCGUUUUAUUACUUAUCGCACAAUACGAUGUUGAAGUUUACGCAAUCGCUGAAAGAAAACUUAACAUUAGAGCAAUGUCUACAUAUACUUUGCGAUUCAUAUGAAUAUAAUGAAUUACCUGUGAGGCAUAACGAGGAAUUACUAAAUGAGGAAUUGGCAAAAUUAUGCCGUUAUUCCGUGGAUCAGUAUACCUAUGAUUCUCCGCACACAAAAACGUUUCUUUUGUUGCAAGCGCAUUUUUCAAGACUGCCAUUACCGUGCACCGAUUAUAACACUGAUCUGAAAUCAGUGCUCGAUCAAGCAAUCAGAAUAAUACAGGCAAUGAUUGAUACGGUCGCAGAACGUGGCUGGUUGACAAGCACGCUCACGAUAAUGCAAUUACUUCAAAUGAUCAUUCAGGCACGAUGGAUAGAUGAAUCCGCAAUCACAACAUUACCACAUAUAAAAAAGGAAGACUUAUCUUUAUUUUCAUCAUUAUCAAUGGCUUUCCCGAUAUUAUGUUUUAGUACGCGCAAAAAUUAUAACAAACUUGCAAAGGUUUUGUGCAGAGAAUAUUCAGAAGAACAAAUAAACGAGAUAUAUCAAGCAAUUAGAGAUAUGCCAAUAAUAUCUGUUGAUUUAAUGCUGGAGAGUUCGUGGGAUAUUGACGCUGAAAAAAAGAAGAUAACAUUAAAAGACAAUAAUGUCGAUUCUAUGAUUGUUCGACGGAAUGAAGAAUAUACGUUAAUCAUUGGACUGAAAAGAUUAAAUAAUUCCAAAACUUUGAAAGCGCAUUGUCCAAUGUUUUUGAAGGGAAAAGAUGAAAGUUGGUUUUUAAUAUUAGGUGAUAUUCCAAACAAAGAAUUAUGGGCUCUAAAGAGAAUAUCUGGAAUAAAUAGUCAGCAAAGAUAUCACCAAUUGCAAUUUACUGCACCUAAUAAUUUGGGAAUGACAAAACUAACAUUCUACUUGAUUUCUGACUGCUACAUGGGAUUGGAUCAACAAUAUAAUAUUUAUUUAAAUGUAACUUGCUAAAAAUUUAACAAUAAUCGAAGACCUAAGACUGAAUAAGACACGGGUGAUAUCGUAUAAUUGAAUAAUUAUCGCAAGUUUUUAUUAUAUUGUUUAAUUAACACAAUUCUUUUUAUAUCGAUAACAUAAAAGACAGCAUGAAGAAAAAAUUAUAAGUUUAAUAUGUAUAUUAAAAUGGUGUCAAAAAGAUAAAGUAGGUAUGUGCAAUGUAAUUAGGAGAUAUAUUUAUCGCAAGUUGUAUAUUUAGAAACACUUGUAUAUUUUUUCUUGCAUAAUUUUACUACACGUCUAUGAAACAAUAUAUAGGUUUAGAUUA